AUGAAUUAUAUAUAAAAAUUUUUUGAAGACACUGAAAUUAUGGAUACUAAAAAAUCAUUUGAAGCAUUUAAUAAAUUUAAAGGCACAAUAAUAUUUGGCACAAAAGUUACAUUAAUUAUUUCUAUUAUGUUAGAAAGACAUAUUAAAUAUAUUAGGAACUCUAAGUUUAAUUAUAGCUUUGAUAAUUUUGUACUUAAUUUUUAUUUUUCCUGCAGCAUUAGAUUAUUAAUAUGAUCCUCUUGCAAUUAUAAUUAUAAUUUGCUGUAUACUACCUAUUAUAACACUAUUUAAUGUUACAAUGACAGGUUAAAGUUAAAUAUUAUUAUUCUUAGAACCUGGUGUUUUAUUAAGAGGAGAUUUACCUGAUCCUAAAUUAUAAUAAUAGUAAGAAGUUUAAAAAAUAGAAUAAACACCUUAAUAAAUUUAAAAUUGUUCUGAAUAAUAAAUUUAAAGUAUAUAAUAGCAUUAAAUUGUACAAAUGGCAGAAUCAUAAAAUUAAACUUUAUAGAAUCCUGAUUUGCCUAGUAUUUAUACAAUUCGAUAUUGUUCAACUUGUAAAAUAAUGAAACCUUCAAAAGCAUCUCAUUGUAUUUUUAGAUUUUAAUUAGGCAAACAUUGUAAUCAUUGUGUUGAUGGAUUUGAUCAUCAUUGUUUUUGGGUUGGCACUUGUAUAGGAAUUAGAAAUUGGAGAGCAUUUUUAUUAUUUUUACAAUCAUCUUUGCUUACUAUUAUUCUUUAUCUAUGUUAAUGUUGUUUAAAUUGUAAAUUUAUUAUCUAAUAUAUAAUAAGUGUAUAAAUAAUAUUUAGACAUUUAUGAACUCUGGAUUUUAAUGUUUAAACAAGCAAGUAUUCCAAUUAUAGUAUUUUAUGGGUUAUAUUUUUGUUGUGGUUGUUUUACUAAAUAAAAUUAUCUGAAUGCCAUAAUAUUAAUUAUUAUGUUUAUUCUUCCUAUUAUUUACUCAGCUGUUCUCAUAAAUAUUGUAGAUGAUUAUUAAAAUUAUAGAUAUUAUGAAAAUCCAUUUAUAACCAUAUUAAUAAUAAUUAUAGCCAUCACAUGUUUUAGUUUCCUUAUCCCUGUUAAUAGUCUCAAUUGUUAUUUUAUAUCAAAAGUUAACUUUUAAUAUAUUUUCAUAGGGGAAAACUGCUAAAUAGGCAAAAUCAGAAGAUUUUUUUUAUAUGAAAAAUAAGACUGUUACUUCUCCAAAAUAUACCAUUUCUGGAAUAUUUCGAAAUUUAUUGUACUUUUACACUUAUCCAAUACCUGCAAGCCGUUAUUCAAUAUGA